CCUGCGAGCCGGGUGGUGCCGCCGCCCCUGCAGAAGGGGAGGAGGAGGCGGCGGCAGGAGCUGUGCCCGGCGCUGGCGGCGGCCGGAGAAGGCGGCAGCGGCAGCGUGGAGCUGAGGGCGGCAGCGGAUUAUUCCAGAGUUGGAAAAACUAGAACAAUAUAUUUUAUCCAUGUUUGGAAAAAGAUAGUUGCUGCUAACAAAGAGGGUUAACGCUGGUAUUCCAAGAUGAGUAUGCUAAAACCAAGUGGACUUAAGGCUCCUUCAAAGACCAUCAAGCAUGGGGGUACACUGCUGAAAGCACCUGCAUCUGUGGCAGCUGCUCCAGCAGAAAAAGCACCUUCCAGUGAAAAGACUUCAAGCACAACCACCACAGAUGCACAUGAAGAGUUUGUGGAUGAUUUCAGAGUUGGGGAACGUGUUUGGGUCAAUGGAAACAAGCCUGGCUUUAUUCAGUUCCUUGGUGAAACCCAGUUUGCUCCAGGACAGUGGGCAGGGAUUGUUCUAGAUGAACCAAUUGGUAAGAAUGAUGGCUCUGUGGCUGGAGUUCGCUAUUUUCAGUGUGAACCCCUGAGGGGAAUAUUUACAAGACCAUCAAAAUUGACAAGAAAAGUGCUGACAGAAGAUGAAGCCAAUGGUACACAGACAGCUCAUGCUUCUAGAGCUACAUCACCAACUUCCACCUCAGCUGCUAGUGUGGUGUCUUCAUCUGCUGCUGCACUUCCACCUUCAGGAAUUCCCCAAAAAACUUCUGCACUUGCUGCUAAGGAACAUUCAACUCCCUCCCAGAUUAGUAAUCUUUCAAAAACUGCAAGUGAAUCUAUAUCAAAUCUCUCUGAAGCUGGAUCACUAAAGAAAGGAGAAAGGGAGCUCAAAAUUGGAGAUCGAGUUCUGGUUGGUGGAACAAAAGCCGGAGUUGUGCGUUUCUUGGGAGAAACUGACUUUGCUAAAGGAGAAUGGUGUGGAGUAGAACUGGAUGAACCGCUAGGAAAGAAUGAUGGAGCUGUGGCUGGAACAAGGUAUUUUCAGUGUCAGCCCAAAUAUGGUUUGUUUGCCCCGGUGCACAAGGUCACGAAGAUUGGAUUCCCCUCAACCACCCCAGCAAAGGCAAAGACAACUGUGCGCAAAGUGAUCGCCACUCCCACGGCCCUCAAACGGAGCCCAAGUGCAUCUUCUCUGAGCUCUCUCAGUUCUGUGGCAUCUUCAGUAAGCAGCAAGCCAAGCCGUACAGGACUAUUGACAGAAACAUCCUCCCGGUAUGCAAGAAAAAUUUCUGGUACCACAGCUCUGCAGGAGGCACUGAAGGAGAAACAGCAACACAUUGAGCAGCUCCUGGCAGAAAGGGACCUGGAGAGGGCAGAAGUUGCAAAAGCAACCAGUCACGUAGGGGAGAUAGAGCAGGAAUUAGCACUGGUUCGCGAUGGACAUGAUCGGCAUGUACUGGAGAUGGAAGCAAAAAUGGACCAGCUACGAGCUAUGGUGGAGGCUGCCGACAGGGAGAAAGUGGAGCUUCUCAAUCAGCUUGAGGAAGAGAAAAGGAAAGUUGAAGACCUUCAGUUCCGUGUGGAAGAAGAAUCAAUUACCAAAGGAGACCUAGAGCGAAAGAGGCAGAUUUCGGAAGACCCAGAAAAUACGCAGACCAAACUGGAGCAUGCCCGCAUUAAGGAGCUUGAACAGAGCCUGCUCUUUGAAAAGACCAAAGCUGACAAACUCCAGAGGGAGUUAGAAGACACUAGGGUGGCCACAGUAUCAGAAAAAUCUCGCAUCAUGGAACUCGAAAGAGAUCUAGCCUUGCGGGCGAAGGAAGUAUCUGAGCUUCGAGGGAGGUUAGAGUCUAGUAAACACAUUGAUGAUGUGGACACUUCUCUUUCCUUGUUACAAGAAAUAAGUUCUUUGCAAGAAAAAAUGGCAGCAGUUAGCAAAGAGCAUCAGAAUGAGAUGAAUUCACUGAAAGAGAAGUUUGGAAUUAGUGAAGAAGCGUUGCAGAAAGAGAUCAAAUCACUUUCUGCUUCAAAUGAGAGAAUGGCAAAAGAAAAUGAAUCCUUGAAAACUAAGCUGGAUCAUGCCAACAAGGAGAAUUCAGAUGUUAUAGAGCUGUGGAAGUCAAAGCUGGAAUCUGCAAUUGCCUCCCAUCAGCAAGCAAUGGAAGAAUUAAAAGUUUCUUUCAGCAAAGGUGUAGGGGCUGAGACAGCAGAAUUUGCAGAGUUAAAGACUCAGAUAGAGAAGAUUAAAUUAGACUAUGAAAAUGAAAUGUCAAAUUUAAAACUGAAGCAGGAAAAUGAAAAAUCUCAUCAUUUAAAAGAGAUUGAGUCACUGAAAGCAAAACUGUUGGCAGUCACAGAGGAGAAAGAUCAAAACCUGGAAGUCCUGAAGACCAAACUGGAAAGUGUGGAAGAUCAGCAUCUAGUAGAAAUGGAAGACACUUUAAACAAAUUACAGGAAGCUGAAAUAAAGGUAAAGGAGCUAGAGGUACUGCAAGCCAAGUACAAUGAACAAACCAAAGUUAUUGAUAGUCUUACACCACAGAUCAAAGCUGCUGAAGAAAAGCUUUUGGACCUUGCUGCACUUCAGAAAGCCAAUUCUGAAGGUAAAUUGGAAAUCCAGAAACUUAGCGAGCAGCUUGAGGCAGCUGAGAAACAAAUUCAGAAUUUAGAGACUGAAAAGGUUGAUGGAAUUAGCAAGGCUAGUAAUCUGGCCAAAGAACUGCAGGGCAAAGAGCAAAAGCUUCUUGACCUUGAGAAAAACUUGAGUGCAGUAAAUCAAGUUAAAGAUUCUUUGGAAAAGGAUCUUCAAGUUUUGAAAGAAAAGUUUACUAGUGCAGCUGAUGAAGCAGAAAAUGUUCAGCAAUCUAUGCAAGAAACAGUAAAAAAACUAAACCAAAAAGAAGAGCAGUUUGCACUCAUGUCCUCAGAACUGGAACAGCUGAAGUCUAGUUUGACUGUGAUGGAAAAGAAACUGAAGGAGCGAGAAGAGAAAGAGCAGCAGCUGAUAGAAGCUAAAGCCAAACUUGAAAAUGAUAUUGCAGAGAUCAUGAAGUCUUCAGGAGACAGCUCUGCCCAGCUUACAAAAAUGAACGAUGAGCUGCGGUUAAAAGAGAGGCAGUUGGAGCAAAUACAACUUGAGCUUACAAAAGCAAAUGAAAAGGCUGUUCAGCUACAGAAAAAUGUGGAACAGACAACACAGAAAGCUGAGCAGAGUCAGCAAGAAACUCUCAAGAUUCAUCAAGCAGAACUAAAAACUAUGCAGGAUCAACUGACAGACAUGAAAAAGCAAAUUGAGACUACCCAAAAUGAGUAUAGGGAUCUCCAGGCAAAGUAUGAAAAAGAAACUUCUGAGAUGAUCACUAAACAUGAUGCAGAUAUCAAAGGGUUUAAGCAGAACUUGCUGGAUGCAGAAGAGGCACUGAAAAUUGCACAGAAGAAGAACAGCGAGUUAGAAACACAAGCUGAGGAACUGAAAAAGCAAGCAGAAGAGGCCAGAGCUGCCAAAAUGGCAGAAGAUGUUUUCCAAGCUGUGGAGAAAGUGACCAAAGAGAAGGAUGCCAUCCACAAAGAAAAGAUUGAAACUUUGGCCUCCUUGGAGAACUCCAGACAGGCAAACCAGAAGCUGCAGAAUGAAUUGGACAUGCUUAAACAAAACAACCUGAAAAAUGAAGAGGAACUUAAUAAAUCAAAAGAGCUUCUAAAUCUGGAGAACAAGAAAGUGGAAGAGCUUAGAAAAGAAUUCGAAGCGCUGAAGCUGGCAGCAGCUCAGAAGUCCCAGCAGCUCGAAGCUUUGCAAGAGGAGAACGUGAAACUUGCCGAGGAGCUGGGCAGGAGCAGGGACGAAGUCACAAGUCACCAGAAGCUGGAAGAGGAAAGAUCAGUACUCAAUAACCAAUUAUUAGAGAUGAAAAAGAGAGAAUCAACAUUAAAAAAAGAAAUUGAUGACGAGAGAGCAUCUUUACAAAAAUCCAUCAAUGUUACUAGUGCCUUGAUCACACAAAAAGAUGAGGAACUGGAAAAGCUCAGAAAUGAGAUCACAGUGCUCCGUGGAGAAAACGCCUCUGCAAAAACCUUGCAGUCAGUGGUUAAGUCAUUGGAGUCUGAUAAAUUGAAACUUGAGGAAAAGGUGAAGAACUUGGAGCAAAAACUCAAGGAAAACAAUGAACAGCCUUUAAGUAGCUCCUCAGGUGACAUUGCUGCUAAUCUGCUUCAAGAUGACAUUGCAAAAGAGAAGCAGCACGAGAUUGACUUCCUCAAUUCCGUGAUAGUGGAUCUGCAAAGGAGAAAUGAAGAACUGAACUUGAAAAUACAACGAAUGUGUGAAGCAGCCCUCAACGGCAAUGAAGAGGAGAUAAACAACUACGACAGUGAGGAGGAAAGCCUGUCGAAGAAGAAACCUCGUCUCUUCUGCGAUAUCUGUGGCUGCUUUGAUCUUCAUGACACCGAAGAUUGUCCAACCCAGGCACAGAUGCUGGAGGAGACACCUCACUCGGCCUACCACGGCAGCAGGAGAGAAGAACGUCCCUACUGCGAUACCUGUGAGAUGUUUGGGCACUGGACGGCUGACUGCAAUGACGAUGAGACCUUCUAACGCACCGCACAGCGCCAGCAGGGACUCCCUGUGUCCUCAGCGGACGAUUUACACCACCAGCAUUUGUCUGUGCUGAAUGUCAGGAAAAGGGACAGCGUUUCUUGACCCACUCGCUCCCCUUCCUCUUGCCCAUCCACUCCAGAAUGAGUAAAUUGAUACUUAUUUUGCUCCUCCACUAAUAAAUACCUGACCUCCCUUUAAUAAACUUCAAUGAAAUAUAAAUAAAUGAUUUAGCAGAUGACUUUAUGCUGUUUCUUCCCAGGGUUCUGGGUUUGUCCCCACUCCUAACAAGAAAUGCCCCCAUGCUGUUGCAUCUGUUGAUGGGAAAAGAUGUAUAGGAACGAAGCACUAUAGUUCUAUUAAAGCUUAUUUAAGUACCUUAAAAAUUAUGCUGUUAAUUUUCAUAUUUGCACUAAACCCUUUUAAGGCUGAAUUUGUACAUUUAGAUUUUUAAGCUUUUUUUGACACUGGACUGGAUUGAGAACUGUUUCACCUUUUUUCUUUCAUUGACUCCUUUGGUUGUGAUUUCGCUUGGUGAAAGUAAGCUUUGGGUGUCGGUUUGAGGACAGUAUGAGACGUGAAAUCGUGAAGCAGGUAAGAAAUGGAGCUGCUGUGGUGGUUCUAGAAACCAAUAUGCUGUGCAGAUCUCGAACAGCUUUGGGGACAGUCCUUUUUUUCAUUCUUUCAGCUUCUCUAUAGUGUGUGUAUGGUGUGUGUGUGUAUAUAUGCAUAUAUAUAUUAAAGUUAUAUUUUGGAAA